UAGAGCAGUCGAGAUAUGAAUAAUUGAAAAUUACGAAUAAUUUUGGCGCGAGUUCGUGAUUGUGUUUCUGUUGCAAGUGAUAUAACGAUUCUUAGAAACAAAAAUGGAAACGCAAAGUUCCGCGAGCGGUUCGAAUAACGACAAUGAGAAUAUCGAGUCGGCAAACGAAGAUGCGACAGCUACAGAAAAGACGAAACUGCGCCAAGAAAUAGAGAGACUGAAAACUAUCAUCAAGCAGCAUGAACGGAAUCUGCAAACGCACUUUAAAGACAUAGAGGAUCAUGUGACCAACAGAUUCUUGCAAAACUUGGAGACUCCCUUGACAUUUAGUAAAAUAUUGAAUGUCAAGGCUGCUCUGGAGAAUGAUCUGUAUAGAUUCGCUGGUUUUCGUUGCGUUAAAUUUCGGAAGAAUGAAUAUGUAUUUAAUUUUACGUCAACAAGAGAAAAGCAGACAGACAAUACUCAAGCAGUACAGAUUUUUAUUAAGGAUGGAAAGAUCAAACUGGGAAAAUGGGUAAUGCCAGUGUCAAUCAACAUAAAUGAUAUAUUAUCCAAAACGCCUAUUGACAAAAUAAAAAAAUUAACUGCCUUUAUAAAAAACUACAAGCAUAAUGUUGAUUGUUACAUUGCACGGCAAGAACAAUUCUUAUCACUAAAGGAACAUAUGUCACAUAUGAAGCAUUGUACUUUGCAAUCUGAUAUGGGAUUUAAGCAAAUCAGCUUGGAAUUGUAUGGUGUACACGAUAGUGAAAAUGAUAGCUAUAUGAACUUAAUAAUACAUUUGCUGUAUCGUCAAGACACUGCAAGACCUUAUAAAGUUCAAGUUGAUUCAAUAAACGGAAACAAAUUAAACGAUGAUAUCAAACAGAGAUUAAAGACAUACUUCAAGAAAUUUAAAAUGUCAGACCUGCAAACUGCUUUUGAUAAGAUUCUAUCAGAGAAUAAUUCUACAGUUACAUGGAUGCAGGAAGACGACACUGAAAGUCCAUUAGAACUGAAUGAUACUAACAGCUCUCUCUCUGAUGAAAACUUCAUAGCUCAGCUACAAUCAGAACAGAAGAGGUCAUUGAGAAGUUCGAGGAAGAAACGUGAAUUGAAGAGAAAGUGGAGAGAAAGACUAAGGCAAAAUACUACCACUGAAAAUACUACAUUACCAGAAGAUAGUUCAGAUGAUAAUCAAGAAACUAAUCAUCCAAAUGCAAAAAAAGCACGCACCAAAAGUCCACAACGAGUUUUGAUAAAGAAAAAGAAAACAAAGAAGGCCACUUCUGCCUUAAAACAAAAGAAAAUUAAUAAAAAUCCAAUAGAAAUAACACCAUUCCACAAAUCUAAGGUUAAAUUGAAACAGACGAAAUUAAAUUUCCAAACUCAAGCGGCUACAACUUCUAAUGCAAAUCAAAUAUCUUCGUCUGAAUUAAAACUGGGUAAUAAACCAGACAGCAAACGAUCAAAAAUCCCAAAAUUAAUCACCAGUACACCACUACAUCGCAAAAUCAGCAAUGUACCCUUGUCAUCCACUCUGGAGAUUAAUGAUAUUACACGUAUAGAAUCCUUAUUAGAUUACUCCAACGAUAGUGAUGAAUUAGGAAAUAAGACUCCAGAAAAGAAGACUCCAGAAAAGAAGGCUCCAGAAAAGAAGGCUCCAGAAAAGAAGACUCCAGAAAAGAAGACUUCAGAAAAGAAGGCUUCAGAAAAGAAGACUCCAGAAAAGAAGGCUCCAGAAAAGAAGACUCCAGAAAAGAAGAUGCCAAAAAAGAAUGAUUAAUUAUUACGAAGUAAUAUGAAGCCUCCUAGAUCAUCAAAGGUUUUGAAGACGUCA